AUGACUCAAGGUUUAUCUCCCUCCAGUGAGACGGACAACCUGGUGUCCAUUCGACUGGAUGGUCUCAUUGGCAUCCUUCAGGGACUUUGUCUCGACGACAGGAAGGCGAUAUCCGUUGCAUUGCUGGCUGGCACCAGCCAAACUGUUGCCAAAGAACCUGUUGCUAAUCCUAUGGGUGCUUCUAGUACUGACAACAUUUCUGUUCAAACUGUUACCAAAGAACCUGUUGCCAAUAUGACAGGUGCUUCUAGUGCUGACGACGUGUCUGUACCUGCUCCAGAUGAUUCACCUGCUGCCACCACCGUAGCUCCUUCCCCUCCUGUCACCGCAGCCCUUUCCCUUGCUACUACUGCAGCUUUUGCUCCUGCCCCCACCGUAGCUACAAGAUACGUGUAUGGGCCUGUCACCGUCGUUGGGGACUCCAAUGACAAGGAAGACUCAUCUGAUGAUGAGGAUGCAGCUAAUGCAGCGGUGUCUCUCACUGAGGACUCCACUCUUCGUUACUACAAUGGCAAGUACUUCAAUGUACCUAACAAAGUCAAGGCGCCACUCUACUAUAUAACGAGGGGUCGUUAUAUUGGGGUCUUCUCUGGGUGGGACGCUACCGGCCCCAAGGUGCUUGGUGUUUCACGUGCCAUAUAUCACAAGGUGGAAUCUGUUGAGCAAGGUGCCGGGAUUGUGGAGCGUGCCAUUGAAUGCAGCGAGGCGGUGCAGCGUGGGAUGGAAGAGAUAGAAAGAUACCUUGUGAAAACUGCGAAUCAGUAUUGA